AUGGCUCUCACUUGCAAGGCCCAGAAGGCUGCCGUCCGGGCAAGCAGCCGCUCUGUGGUUGCCAAGUCCAUGCGCGUGCGUUCCGUGGUGGUCCGCGCCAGCGAGGGCGCCCCCGCGGCGACCGCGAAGCCGGCCUUCACUGCUCCCACCCUCAACCCGGAUACGCCCUCGCCGAUCUUCGGCGGCUCCACUGGUGGCCUGCUCAAGAAGGCUCAGGUGGAGGAGUUCUACGUGAUCACCUGGGAGAGCGCCAAGGAGCAGAUCUUUGAGAUGCCCCUCGGCGGCGCGGCGAUCAUGCGCAAGGGCCCCAACCUGCUGAAGCUGGCUCGCAAGGAGCACUGCCUGGCGCUCACCACGCAGCUGCGCAACAAGUUCAAGAUCCAGCCGGCCUUCUACCGCGUGUACCCCACGGGCGAGGUGGAGUACCUCCACCCCAAGGACGGCGUGUACCCCGAGAAGGUCAACGCCGGCCGCAUCGGCGAGAACCAGAACUUCCGCCGCAUCGGCGAGAACGUCAACCCCAUCAAGGUGAAGUUCACCGGCAAGGGCCCCGCGGAGAUCUAA